AUGGCAGCGGGGCUCCACCGCGGGUGCUUCUGCUUGAUCAGCGCCGCAAUCCCUGCAAUGUGCGGCGCCGCCAUGCUCGUCCCGGAGACCAUCGCGAACCCUUCCCCUGCCCUCAGCAACAACAACAAAAAAGUCAAACACGAUCUCCAAAGUCAACCACCAUCAGAUUGCUGGCUUGCUUACCGACAUAGUUGGCCUCGUCGGUGCCGUUGGGGGACCAGGCGGCCCAGAUAA